ACAACUGUCAUAAUCUUACAACAAUCAGUCUGAUGGUUAGAAUGAACCUGGAAAUGGUUAUCUAAUAAGAGCUGCAGUUGUCCUUCACUCAGACAGUGUGAAGAUGAGUCCGAUUCUGAUCGUACACGGUGGUGCAGGGUCCAUUCCGGAUUCUAGAGUCUCGGAGAAGAUUAUUGGGGUGAAAAAAUCUGUGGAAAUUGGAUAUGAAGUUCUGAAGAAUGGGGGUAGUGCGCUGGAUGCUGUGGAGGCUGCAGUGAGAUUCAUGGAGGAUGAUGAAUCGUUCAAUGCUGGAUAUGGAUCAGUUUUGAAUCUAGAUGGAGAAGUUGAAAUGGACGCCAGUAUAAUGGUAGGAUCGAAUCUGAAAGCUGGAGCUGUAACUGUCGUCAAAGAUGUCAAGCAUCCCAUAAGUCUUGCUAGAAUGGUCAUGGAAAAAACACCACACCUUUUAUUAGCAGGAGCUGGAGCGAAUAAGUUUGCUAAAGAACAAGGAGUACCAGCUCUAACUCCUGGUAGUCUAGUAAGUCCGAGUGCAGAGAUGGCUCUUCAGCAUUUCAAGAAGAAAGGUGGAGAUUUGACAGAAAUAGGACACAAAAAUCCAGGUGAUGUUGGGACAGUUGGAGCAGUAGCUCUAGACUCCAACGGGAACCUUGCAGCUGCAACCUCCACAGGUGGUAUAAAUGGCAAGAUGGUAGGGAGAAGCAGUGAUACUUGCAUCAUUGGCAGCGGGACAUACGCAGAUGAUGACUUCGGAGCGGUAUCUACGACAGGUCAUGGAGAAACCAUCGCGAAAUUCUGCUUGGCUCACACAAUCGUCAAAGAAAUCGAAUAUGGAAAGACAGCCCAAGAAGCUACUGAGGAGAGUCUCAAGAAGAUGACUGCCAGGCUAAAUAAUACUGCAGGUGCUAUCACUUUAUCGAAAGAUGGUCAUCCAGGGAUAUACUUUACAAGUAAACGAAUGGCUUGGGCUUAUCAACAAGGCAACACCCUCAACUAUGGAAUCGAUCCCAAUGAAAAUAAUACUGAAAAUAUCUAGCUAUGAGCAUCUUUUUUAUUACAAAAUAUAUGUUUUUCUCUGAGAAAUAAUUAAACAGUUUCA